CCAAAUUAUAAUAUUGUGGUACAUUCACUACAAUCAGCAGUAGAUUCGGGCAUCAUGUGAUCAAUACUAAGUGCUUUGUGAUAUAUAGUAGAUUUUCCCAAGAUAAUUUUCUAACAAGACAACAAAAACAACAGAAUAGAAAUGGAACAAAUACUGUUAUGCCUUCCAUUAGGAAAAAGACGGAGAAAACUAUGCAUUUGCGUCCGAAAUUCAAUUUUCCGUCCGCCCGAAUAUUCCAAUCCCCCAACAAUAAAAGCCUGCAUUUUGUUUCCCUUCAACCCUUCCACUCAAUCAGCUUCAAGCAUCGUUCUGAUAAGUCUGCAGAAGAUUAUAUCAUCGUAAGAUGAAGUUUGAGAAGAUACUAAAGAGCCUCAUCGAGCAGACCUUGCCCAGUUGGCGUGACAAGUUCUUGUGCUACAAAAUCUUGAAGAAACAGUUGAAACUUAUGUGUUCCGAAGAUGGCCAAAUCGAUCCCAACCAACUCAACCGCUUCCUUAACCUUCUGCAGCAAGAGAUCGAUAAGUUUAACACUUUAUUUAUUGAAAAGGAAGAAGAAUAUGUCAUCAAAGGGAAGGAGUUGCAAGACAGGGUUAUGGAAGCCUUGGAUUUAAACGUAGACUUAAUGUUAGAAAUAGUAGAUUUUCACGGAGAGAUGGUUUUGCUAGAGAACUACAGUACACUCAACUACACAGGUUUGGUGAAGAUAAUAAAGAAGCACGAUAAGAAAACUGGUGCUCUACUUCGCGUGCCUUUUAUCCAAGAUGUGGUGAAGCAGCCCUUCUAUGAAAUUGACGUGAUUAACAAGCUUGUGAAGGACUGUGAGGUACUGAGCAUUCUUUUCACCAAUGGUCUGGGCUCACCGAUGGGCCAAAAUUUUAUGGGAAAUGGUUUUGGCUCCGUCAGUAUCGAUGAAAAUGAAAAGACUGUAAUGCAUGUUCCCGAAGAACUUUCUGACCUAAAAAAUAUGAAGAACAUGUAUAUCGAACUGACACUGUCAGCACUGCAUACCUUGGAACAAAUCAGGGGUAGAGGAUCAACUCAGAACAUGUUCUCAUCACCUUCUCCCCAUAACUAGCCUUUGCAUCUGCAAGAGGCUUCAAAGGAAAUAUAAAUGAACUACAGAUAGCAGCAACCUAGUACAUAAGAAUAACAUGGAUCUUGCCGUGUUUUUUCUUUAUAUAUAUACGGUUGAUAUACAUGGAGAAAGAGACUAAUGGGAAUCUCAGACACAUGAUGUUGUGUUAUUGAAUCUUAGUAUAAUGGUCUUUUCUUUGUGGAGAUCCAACUCAAUAAAUUUUAAUCAAAAACUUGUUUUACUUAGUAAUUAGUAUAUAUAGUUUGUGAUGGUAAGAGGGUGUGGCUUGAUUUUUAUUUUGUUUUCUUGUCUGUUUG